AUGCGCUCCGAGGAAGCGUCUGCUGUGUUUACUGCGAAGGGCUUUAGCAAGGGAGGAACGACCCCUUCAACACCCCCCUGCAUCGAAGCUGAAGCAAAGACUACGCAAAAAGAGCGACAACUGAAUAUGUCUGUUGUAAGUGCUUGCGGCUUUAUUUUCGAUGGCUCCUAUAUUGCUGCAGGCUCGCCGAAAUUUCUCUCGCUGAUUAAGAGAACGGGCGAGGAGGAGAUAGACGAUGUUGCAGCGGUGCUCUUGGGCAGCCCUUGCUCGUUUUUCGUGGAUUUUUUGCUGUGUGUAGUAGGCUAUGCCCUUUCUUUCGGGAGACAUCUGUGUCUGUGUCUGCAGGUGUCAAGGAAGCUCCCGUAUCCAACAGUAGAAGAACUGCGCGCAGCUGCAACGGCUGCAGCAGCUGCGGCUGGCGCUGACGCUGCAGCAGCAGCGGCUGCUGGAGCGGCAGCGGCUGCUGCCGCUACAGCAGCCAAUCUGCUGCAGCCGUUGAAGGAAGCCGGAAAAAGUCUGAUUUUCGACGUGUCUUUGAAGGAGCUUCUUGAAGCCAUUGUCUUAGAGCCGCAAUCAAGUCCUUUCACGAAAGUGCUACGCGAAAAAGACGCCAAAUUCUUGCACCCCAUUCGCUUCUGGCGUAAAUGCAGCUCCAACAACAGCAGCAGCGAGAAUGCCUUGCAGAGACAGCAUCCUACGCAGCAAGGCAGUGGCGAGUUGUGCCUGCCUCCCUCCCAAAACAUUUCGCAAACGUCUUUUCCUUCUGCUGCGCCUCCUGUUCCCGAAGAAGAAGCGAAUGACUCGGCAGCGGCGGAGGAAGCUGCUCUCAGAUCUUCAGAGCACGGUUUGCUAAGUGGACGUUUUUGUCAAGUGACACGAGCUCUCAAGGCAGAUAUCAAGUUACCAGAUUCUUCGCUGACACGGAUCUUAGGCUUGCCAAGUCGGGGAGUCUUAGGAGAGCGCUAUACAUGCAGCAUUUGCACGCCGCACUGCGUCUUGUUGGAUGUUGAAAGCCGCCUCUCUGGCAUGCCCUACUCCGACACCUUCUAUCUCCUUCAGAGGCUCAAGUGCUGCGCUCUCUCGUCUGCAGCCGCUUUAAGGCCGUCUUCCUGUUCUUCUUCGAAAAACGCAACCUCUGAAGAUACUCUUGACAACAAUGCCGCCAUUCAAAUCGACUUCGAAUACGAAGUCGUCAUCACCACGCGGUCCUUAUUUCAGGGAAAGAUAAAAAGCGACAGUCUCCGGGAGUUGGCACUAGGCCUCGAUUUGCUGAAAAAUCACAUUUGUGAGGCUCUUGGUGCCUUGAUUAGCCGCAGCAGCAGCGCAGCUGCUUCUCUCCGAGUGGAGCCUUUACGUUUCGUGGCAGAAAGCGAGUCGGAGGCAGCAGCAGGAGGAGGCGCAGAAGAAGUUGCGGCAGCGAAUCUGCCACUGCCAAGUGGAGGGGAAUCCUCCCCAGAGCCCUUCCCCUUCGCUGUCGACUACACACAGCAGCCUUCGGGGAGUAUCGUGUCAUCUGGAGCAGCAACGACAGUUCGGCUGAUAGCGGUGGCUUGGAGAAAGCUGGCUGGGAAUCUGCACCAACUUGCACCGUCGACGCUGUACGAAUGUGGGUGGCGUGCUACUUGCGCUUCUGCUGCUGCUGGCAGCCCACGCGAUCCAUCUGCACCUGCAGCUCCAC